AAAGGCGCCGGGGCCGGCAGGUGUCCACGGCCGCGGCGCUCGGCGCGCUCCGCAACCCAGCUCGCAGCCAGGCGGCGCGCUCCAGCCGGCAGGGCGCAGCAGCCUCGGGGACCUCAGCCUCGGGACCACAGCUUCGGGGACCACAGCCUCGGGACCACAGCUUCGGGGACCACAGCCUCGGCGGGACCAGCAGCCUCCUCCCGCCCGCCGGCGCCGCGCGCUCCUCGGGACACAGCGCUAAGCACCCGGAGGACAAGAUGGAUUGGGGCACGCUCCAGAGUAUCCUCGGGGGUGUGAACAAGCACUCCACCAGCAUCGGGAAGAUCUGGCUCACCGUGCUGUUCAUCUUCCGCAUCAUGAUCCUCGUGGUGGCCGCGAAGGAGGUGUGGGGCGACGAGCAGGCGGACUUCGUCUGCAACACUCUCCAGCCGGGUUGCAAGAAUGUGUGCUACGACCACUACUUCCCCAUCUCCCACAUCCGGCUCUGGGCGCUGCAGCUGAUCUUCGUGUCCACGCCGGCCCUGCUGGUGGCCAUGCACGUGGCGUACCGGAGACAUGAAAAGAAACGCAAGUUCAUGAAGGGGGAGAUAAAGAACGAGUUUAAGGACAUCGAAGAGAUCAAAACCCAGAAGGUCCGUAUCGAGGGGUCCCUGUGGUGGACCUACACCACCAGCAUCUUCUUCCGGGUCAUCUUUGAGGCCGUCUUCAUGUACGUCUUUUACAUCAUGUACAAUGGCUUCUUCAUGCAGCGUCUGGUGAAGUGCAACGCGUGGCCUUGCCCCAACACGGUGGACUGCUUCAUUUCCAGGCCCACGGAGAAGACUGUCUUCACGGUGUUCAUGAUUUCCGUGUCUGGAAUUUGCAUCCUGCUAAAUAUCACAGAAUUGUGCUAUUUGUUCAUUAGAUAUUGUUCAGGGAAGUCAAAAAAACCAGUUUAAUGCGUUGCCUGGCUGCUAGAGCCAAGCGUGAGGGAGAGGAUGAGACAAACGCAGUGCUUAGCUGUCAAAGCUCAGCCAGCAGCACUUCCUAAGCAAACAUUCCCGCCCUCAGCGCCCCAACUGCAGUCCCUGUAGGCCUCCCGUGAAACUCCGGGAGCCUCCAUGGGACUCCCUUCCCCCAAAGCUCCCAAACAAAGGCCCAAUUCUGUGCCUGUAUUAAUCGGUUCUAAAGUUAGUUCCACUGAGACCCCGUGCUGGUAGCCACUAUUCUUGUAGGAAACAUUCACAGCUUAAACAAAGGGUCUCACAUUGUUUCUCGUUCUCUGCAGACAGGAGAGAUGAGCCUAGUCCUGAGGAUGGUUCCCAAGAAUGUUCACUGUUCCCCCCUUAGGGCAACCUUCCCCAAGUUGCUCCAGUUAAAGGAAAACAAUCUCCGUUCUGCUAUUUGCUUUGAUAGUUUAAGUCUGCAACAAUGGAAUAUUGGAGAUAAUUAUUUAAUGCUUCAUCUGCUGUGUAUUUUUUUUUUCAUGAAAACCUUAAAAUAAGAUAGGUUCUUUUGUUCUUAAAAUGAUCUGGAAACCAUUAUACAGUCCUCCUAUUUCCAAGGUUCAGUUUGUGAUGUGAACAUGGUGUGUAACCAGAUCUCACGCGGUCUUUAAAACGUGGGCCGGGAAAUCUGCAGUGCGGCUGAAGCCACCCACUGUGGGCAUCAGCGAGCUGACCACAAUGCUUCCUGUCCCAGAGGAGACAAGCUGGGAGCUCUUCGUGCUGGCUUCUGACGAGAAUUAAAAAUGCAAGUGUAAUUUUGCAUAAGAGACAGCUAGACUGUGCCAACCACUGCCACCUGUAAUGAGCCUAACUCAGCCCCUCCCCACCCCUCCUGCCGGUUCCCUUCUCUGUAGCUGUGGGAUGUAGCAGCCCGCAUCAGAAGACGCAUCAACUUCAUGAAUUUGCUUGGGAAUUUCACUGCCAUGGUACAAUUUAAUGGUGCAGAAACAAAGUGGGGUGGAGGCAGGGGGUUGACUGUUUUCAAAGAACCAAUGAAACAUCUAGACUAAAUUCUGUUGAUUAAAACUUAGUUUUUCUACUUUGAAA